ACAGAGGCACAGAGCAGAAAGAAAGGAGAAAGAGAAGAAGGGCUCAAAUAAAAAAAAAUUAAGAGUGAACAAAGAUAAAGCAAAGACAAAAUACAAAAUACAAGACUCUUCUUCAGAAGAGGAGAGGAUGCUGCUGCAGCUGAGCAUCUAUGCCUGACUUCUGAGGAGUUCUCAGCUCGGACAUGACUGACAUGCAGCAUUCCUGCAUCUGAGCAUCUCUAGUCCGUGCAUGUGUGUGAGAGAGAGAAAGUGAGGGUUAAUGUGUGUGUGAAGCCAUGGCGAGUGCUCAGCCGGGGGUCCACGCGUUGAAACUCCAACCUCCUUCCGUCUCUCACACGCUGAGGAACGGAAGCAACUUCAUUAAAUGGGAUGAGGAUUUGUCCACUGUCACUCCAGUGACUCUGCAUGUGGAUCCACAUGGAUUUUACCUCUACUGGACCGACCAAAACAAGGACACAGAGCUGUUGGACCUGACCCUGGUAAAAGAUGUCAGAACAGGCAGAAGCACGAAAACACCCAAGGAGGCUAAGCUGCGGGAGCUGCUCGAUGUGGGAAACCUGGUUGGUAGGCUGGAGAACCGCAUGGUUACCGUGGUUACGGCUUCAGACCUUGUAAACGUCAACCAGCUUAACUUCAUCGCUUCGCAGGAGGACGAAGCCAAGGUGUGGUGUGAGGAACUGUUUUCUCUGUCUUCCAACCUGCUGAGCCACAAUCUCAACCGAGACCAGAGUCUGCUGAAAGCGUACAUCAAGUUAACUCUUCAGCCGAAUGCAGAGGGGAGAAUUCCUGUCAAGAAUAUUGUUCGGCUGUUUUCAUCGGACAGAAAAAGAGUCGAGAAUGCCCUGGAGAGCUGCAAACUGCCCUAUGGACGGGGUGACAGCAUCAAACUGGAAGACUUAACACUUGAAGUUUACCGGAACUUCUUGGAUAGUCUGUGCCCUCGUCCUGAGCUUGGGAACAUCUUCAAACUGCAAGGAGCCAAUGAUAGGAUGCUGUCAGUCGAUCAGAUGACAGAGUUCAUCAACAAUAAGCAGAGAGACCCAAGGCUCAAUGAAAUCCUCUACCCACCUCUUCGUCCUGCACAGACGCACACUGCGAUGGAGAGGUAUCAACAUGACCAGACACAACUAAAGCAAGGCAAGAUCUCCCUCCAGGCGUUCUCCAGUUAUCUGUCUAGUGAUGAGAAUGGAGUCAUUCCACCAGAAAAGCUGGAUCAGUCUGAAGACAUGAGCUUCCCGAUAUCUCACUAUUUCAUCAACUCAUCGCAUAAUACCUACCUGACAGCGGGCCAGCUGGCCGGGAGCUCCUCAGUAGAAAUGUACAGGCAAGUUCUGUUGGCCGGGUGCCGCUGUGUGGAAUUGGAUGUGUGGAAAGGACGGACUGCUGAGGAGGAACCUGUCAUCACUCAUGGAUUCACCAUGACUUCAGAAAUCUCCUUUAAGGAGGUGAUUGAAGCUAUUGCAGAAUGCGCCUUCAAGACCUCACCCUUCCCUGUGAUCCUGUCUUUUGAAAACCACGUGGACUCGUUGAAGCAGCAGGCUAAAAUGGCUGAAUACUGUCGAUCCAUUUUUGGAGAAGCUCUUCUGAUUGACCCUCUGGACAAAUACCCUCUGGAGCCAGGUGUCCCUCUGCCCAGUCCUCAGGAGCUGAUGGGCAAAAUUCUCAUCAAGAACAAGAAAUCCCACAAACCUUCCAAUAACACAGACACAAAGAGACUGACGGACCAACCUGCCAAUCAGAGCAAUGAACCAGUGUCUCCUAGCAACAACACAGGAGAGAUGGAAGCUGAGAGUGAGGAAGAUGAUGAUGAUGAAGAUGAUGAUGGUAAAAAGGGCUCAGCUGAGCGGGAAGCAGUGGCAACAGAGGAAAUGUCAACUCUGGUUAACUACGUCCAGCCUACCAAGUUCAACUCCUUCGAAGCCUCCAAGAAGGCAGCCCGCUGUUACCACAUGUCGUCUUUUGUGGAGACCAAAGCGUUGGAGCAUCUCACAAAGUCACCAGUGGAGUUUGUAGAAUAUAAUAAAUCUCAGCUGAGUCGAAUCUACCCAAAAGGAACCAGAGUGGAUUCAUCAAAUUUUAUGCCUCAACUCUUCUGGAACGCAGGAUGUCAACUGGUGGCUCUAAACUACCAAACUAUUGAUUUGUCCAUGCAGCUGAAUCUCUUUAUGUUUGAGUACAACGGUCGGAGCGGCUACAGGUUGAAGCCUGAGUUCAUGAGGCGCCCGGACAAACACUUUGACCCUUUUACGGAAAACACAGUAGAUGGCAUUGUAGCUAACACCCUCUCUGUGAAGGUUAUUUCAGGCCAGUUCCUGACUGAGCGGAGAGUGGGGGUGUAUGUGGAGGUGGAGAUGUUCGGACUCCCUGCAGACACUCGGCGGAAAGCUCUGAAGACCAAAACAUCUCAGAACAACAAUGCCAUCAAUCCAGUGUGGGACGAAGAGCCGAUUGUGUUCAAAAAGGUGAUUCUUCCUACCCUGGCCUCACUAAGAAUUGCUGCCUUUGAAGAAGGAGGGAAGUUUAUUGGUCAUCGAAUUAUUCCGGUGUCUGCCAUUAGGCCAGGUUAUCGUUACAUCGGCUUGAGGAAUGAGAAAAACCAGUCUCUGAUUCUGCCAGCUGUGUUCGUCUACAUUGAAGUCAAAGACUAUGUCCCAGAUACAUUUGCUGAUGUAAUCGAGGCUCUAUCGAACCCUAUUCGCUAUGUCAACCUUCUGGAGCAAAGAUCUAAACAGCUGGCAGCCCUGACUCUGGAGGAUGGCGAGGAGGACACGCAGACUGAGGAGGAGACUGAAAGCUGUGCAGAGCGUAAGACUGAUCUGAAAUCAGCUCCACUAGAAAACGGGCUUAGCCCGGUCUCUGGCCCACCGGGCCACACCCCCAUCGCCACCACACCCAAAGCUUCUGCAGCCAAUCAACAGGCAGCCACGACAGAUGCAGCCAAACCAGCAGCCAAGACUGAAGACCUGGUUUUAAGUGUUUUGAUAGAUGUCCCAGUGUGCACUUUGGAGAAUCUGCAGCAGUCCAAAGUUUACCAGAAGGAGCAGAGACGCCAGUUUAAAGAGCUGAAGGAGUUAGUGAGGAGACACCAGAAGAAAACGUCAGAACUCCUCCGAGAGUUCAACAAUAAGUACAAGAAGACAGCAAGACAAUGCAGCAAGAACAGGAGUUCGAACUCGGACAGUGAGAAGGACGACCGUCUGCAGCAGCUGAGAGAAGAGCAGCAUCAGCAGCUUCUGGCUCUGAGGCAGGAACAGUACUAUAGUCAGAAAUAUCUGCAGAGAGAACACAUUAAAACGCUGACGGAGCGGCUGACCAGUCUGGCUGAGGAGAGUCACAACACCCAGAUAAAGAAGCUCAAAGACAUCUGUGACAAGGAGAAAAAAGAGCUGAAGAAGCAGAUGGAUCGAAGGAGAACAGAGAAGAUCAACCAAGCAAAGACCAAAGAGAAACAUCUGGCUGAGGAGGAGAAGAUUGAGAUCAAUAAGUCCUACGUCAAUGAAGUCGUCCAGAACAUUAAAAGGCUUGAGGAGACUCAGGCAAAGCGCCACGAGCAGCUGGUGGAGCAACACAAUGAUCUCCUGCAGGAGAUACAAGACCAGAAGCCAAAGCUGCAGGGCUCUGUGGAGGCAGAGUUUCAAGAGAAGUUCCAGCGUUUGCCUGGAGAGAUUCACGACUUCCUGCAGGACAGGAAGUUGGAGGUUCGAGGCCACAGCAAGUCACGACCUUCCACCCCACACGAAGCUCUUUCAGAGGAGGACUGAAGAGGGGAAAAAAGGAUGAAGGAGCAAGGGGGAAUGAGGAACGAGAACAAUUGGAUCAAUGGAAGCAGCGUGGAGUAGAUCAAUGAAAUGCAAAGCAUGAGAAUAAAAGAUAACAAGAAGUAUUGAUGAAGAGGGCGCGAAAGAGUAAAUAAUCAAGUUUAUAUAGACUGUUACUUCUUUUUAAUGGAAGAAUGCUUUAACAAUUUAUUUUUUAUUCCAUUCUAGCAUGAACUUUGUGUGUUUAAUACAAGUGUUUAAUCAGACCCCGUUUAGUCUUGCAUUAAGUCUUCUAUUCUGUCAUCUGUUAUUUUAGACCUCAACAGUUUGUACUGCAUGACUGCAUAUCUAUCUAUCUAUCUAUCUAUCUAUCUAUCUAUCUAUCUAUCUAUCUAUCUAUCUAUCUAUCUAUCUAUCUAUCUAUCUAUCGAUCUAUUGAUCUAUCGAUCGAUCUACCGAUCGAUCUAUCUAUCUAUCAUUUGAAGAUCACUGAACAUACAUCAGGCUCUGUCUUAUUGGAGAGAAAUCUUUACAAAUAUAGAGUUUUCAACAGAGUUUCAACAAAUUCUAAGCAGCUGUUUGCCCUUUUUACUUGUCCAGUCUGCUAUAACAAUGUCAAAAAAUUUAAAAAACUACAAAGCUAGAACAAUUCCAUCCUGGAGCACUCGGCGCCAUGCUUUUACAAACACAAUCAGCACACUUGGUCUGGUGCUGCCAAGAAUAAAAUGCACUGUAGCAUUUGUUUGAGCUGAGAGUUUUUAAAACAGAACCACUAAUGUCUGGGUUUUGUUAAAUCUCUCAAGGACAGAAAAAGACAUUUUGCAAUUCACAAUUCUCCCAAGUAUCUCCACUCCAAGGCUGGCUGAACUCACAGUUGGAAGCUGUUGCUCACUAAAUCUGGAUGAAACUCUUUUAUUCAGAAAGACAGAAAGAUUAGAAUUUAAGGGGUUAAUACAUGACAACAGUUAAUGCUGUAUUUUUUUAUACAUUUAUUUAUCACUGUUAUUAUAAAUGCUUUCUUUUCUUUCUUUUUUUUUGGCUAGCAUCACUGAUAUAGCCACAGGCUACAUGCCUGACUUCCGAGCAGCUUUGCAGCUGGGAUGUUGGUGAUUUUGUCAGGGACACCUCAGUGGUGGAAAUGCAAGAGAGGCAAAUGUUUUCUUUUUUCUGCCUACAUCCUGAUAAUAAUGCAUUCCGUUUCUUUUUUUGAUUUUAAAUAGGAUUUUUUUCCCCUGUUUACUGUCAUACAGAUGAGGUGUGAUUUUUUUUAAAGGAGCUGACAAUAACUCCAUAAUAUAAAAAACCUUUACCUGCUGUAAGUUUGUCUGAUCUCCCUUAAAAAGUCAUCUUCUGGUGCACAUCUGGACAAUUUUUAAUAGAGAUGCUUUUUUUUUUUUUAGAUCUCCCAGUGGAAGUCCCUCUUUGUCCUCUUGCACUUGUGCCUCUGUGACAGAUGCUGGAUCUCCUCUUAUGUGUCACAACUGCGAUCUUUCAAUUUGAUUUUCAUUUCUAUAAUUGUUGCAGGGAGACAAAUCUGGUGACUGGUCUAAAGCAGUAUACAAAGGUUGUUUUAGUGGCUUAAGUCCUGCAUUUUCAGUUCUGUUCUGAAUGUUCUCCUUUAAAUAUCCUUCCACUGACUCAAGUUGCUACAAUUAUAUUCAGUCUUGACAGUCUCUCACUGAGAGGUGAAUUUAUAAUUUAAAGCCAUAUGUAGUUUGAAAGAAAAUGACAAGCAUUCUCUCACUGCCACUUCUCGUCUGAAGAGAUGCCUUUACAAGUGGAAACGGUGAAGUCUUCAACUGGAAAGAGACCCUGCUCACAUUACAAUUAAUGACCAUCCACACAAAACUCAGGUCAGUUUGAAGCAGAGGUUGAUGUUUUCUCUCUGUACAAGCUUGGAGUGAGUAGGGAAAUCACAGACCAAAGGUGCAAGGGGUCACAAUGGGACUUCAGAUAAUUUUUUUGUACUCUUCGCUCCGUUUCAGGCAAGUCCCAACUGCUUUUCCAUCCUUUGGUUAGGAAGGCCAGACAAUCAGAAGGCUUAAAGCAAGAGAAGUCUUAAAGGAUGAUGAAUGAAUCAACAGUGCUUCAACAGUGCCCAGUAUAAGAUAAAUAAGGCUUAUUUUCACCUGUGAGUUGUGCAAAGCUACUUUAGCUUUGCCCAAGAACAAAAAUAUGAGCAUAGUAGGUCCUCUGUCAGUAAUUCUUAUCCUAAACCUUUGCCUCAUGCAGUUGCAUAAACAUCUAAUUUCAUAUUUGUGGUUUCAGGAUUCUGUUAUAUAAACAUAUUGUUAUGUGUUAUAUUUCAAGAAGUUAAUAUCCAGCUCUUUGUAUGUGUGUGGGUGUAUAUCACUCAUCCAUAUACUGCAUUAUCUGAACAUUAAUAAGGAUUUUGACACAACUGUUUUAAGGAUUUUUUUAAUGGCAGAACUCUGUGUUUUAUUCUAGCAGAAAUUAUGCUAGUUCCCAGUAAGUGUGUAUCAUUAUCUGCUUUGUGUAUUUAUUCAUGAGAUUUUGGAAGGAAAUGUAAAACUGAUAUGUUUUUUCAUUGUUUGUUUUUUUUUUAAAGACUGUUAGUAGAAGACAUGUUUAUACGAGUGAGAAGGAUUUGCACUGAAAGAUAAAGUACAAAGGUUUUAUUAUCGGCCUAUUUUGGAUUUUUUCUGACUACUGUAGUUGCAGCAAUCACCCCCUCAACUUGCCCCAGAUGCUGCUGCAGAGCUGAUUUGGUGGCCAGGCGUCUUUGUUAAAUGUGAAAGUCUGCUGCCACUGCAUGAUUUAUUUGUUCUAAUGUGAAAGAUGUACAUAACGUAGUCCUCAUUCUGAUGACGUAUGGAUUUAUCGGUUGCUAUUUUCCUGAUAUUUAACAGCAUAAUUUGUAAAGUUUUACUUUGCUGUAAAAAUGUAAAAUGAUUGGAGCUUGUUCCUCUUUGUAUAGUGAUCUUCCAGAACAAUAUUUGUUGGAACAUUUUCCAUGAUGUUUUUUUUUUUCCUCUAAGGCCUCAGCUGCUUUCAACAACUUUUUUUUUGCCGUGAACCUUUACUUCAAAUUUAAGCCACACAUGAUUGAGCUGAACAAUCUGGGGUCACUGUCUGUUCCUGACCUCAUAAAGGUAGCUUACACUUGCAGUCUUCAUGGCAAUAUAGAGACUCAGUCAUUAACUUUUCACACUAACAUCAGAGUGCCUCAUCAUUCACUAAAUUGUCUAUUAAGGAUGUUCAUGUUUGCAAAGUGGCUGAGGUUCUACUGCAAAAAUGUGUUGUUGAACAUGCCUCAUGCUUUAGCACAUAUACUGAGCAUGCUUUAUCGUAUUAGAUUUCUCCACCAGUUGAAUUGUUUCUUGGGUUAAUUGAAUGCUAUUUUAAGACCAGACUAUUAAAUAUUUGAUCUAAAAAACAAA